UUUUCGUCCACCCCGCCGCUCGCUCGUUCGCCCCUCCCUCAAAAGUCUACGCGAGGAUCUACGCAUCCUGCCCGAGUCACUCUGAACAUGGACCCCGCAAAACUGGCAAAGCUCCAGGCUGCGGCCGCGGCAAACCGGAUCGGUGGAAAGGGCACUGUCCGUCGCAAGGUGGUCCGCAAGACCAAGGCUCCGGCGCAGGAUGACAAAAAGCUCCAGGCCGCGCUCAAGAAGCUGAACGUGCAGCCCAUUCCCGGUGUUGAGGAGGUCAACAUGUUCAAGGAGGACGGCAACGUUCUGCACUUCACGGCACCGAAGGUGCACGCCGCCGUUUCCGCCAACACCUUCGCCAUCUACGGCACUGGCCAGAACAAGGAGCUCACCGAGCUCGUCCCGGGCAUCCUCAACCAGCUCGGCCCCGACUCCCUCGCCUCCCUGCGCAAACUCGCUGAGUCCUACCAGGCGAUACAGCAAAGCCAACAGCGCCCGCAGGCUGCUGACGAGGAGGACGAUGACGAUGUUCCCGACCUCGUCGAGAACUUCGACGCCGUCGAGGAGAAGAAGGAGGAGAAGGAGGAGGAGAAGCUCGACUAAGUGUCGGGAGCUUCGUGUAUGGUGUAGGUGGGGGCGAGUCGCCGAUGAUGACGAGAGGAGGAGGGAGUUCAGUUUCUGAAGUGCUUUGGUCCGAUGCUCUCUGGUUCGCUGUCACCGCAUACGACUCGUGUUUACGAUGCUUGCAUGUACAAAAACUGCAUUCCGCAGAGUGGUUUGGGCGCUCAUUUGUGAAACAUUUUGUGCAUUUCCGGAGUUGCAUGCACC